AGGCAGAGAAAAGCAAGAGAGGAAAAGAAGAGUGAGAUGGGUUUUCUGCAAAAACUGGCAGUAGCUAUAAUUGGGAUGUUCAUGUUCUGCAGUAUGGUGAGAAGUGUUCCAAACACGAACGUGAGAACUGUUCUCUGCAACACAGGUGCGUAUUCAAGUGGUGAUCCUUUUGCCAUCAGUUUAGCCUAUGUUCUCACAGACUUAGAAACCGUUACACCUACCCGCAAAGGCUAUGACUACUUCAACAUCUCCCCAUAUCCGAAUGCUUUUGCCUAUGGUCAUGGUGCUUGCAACCAGAACCUCACAAGAUCAGAUUGUACUGCAUGUCUUGCGGCCGCUAAAACCAGCAUGUUUGGCACUUGUCAAAGCCGGAUCGGGGCUCGUUCACUGCUCUAUGAUUGUGCAAUUAGGUAUGAGCAAUACCCAUUUAGUGACUAAUAAACAGCUCUCUGACACAGAUGGCUAAACACUUUAUCUUAUAAUUCUGUUCUUAGCACAAAAGUGAGAUCAACAGUGAAAGCUUGUCUAUUUCAGCAAUCAUUCCUCUACUAGUUAAUGGGAUUUUCCUCGUGUAUUAUCCUUUUAUCUAAUUUUGGGUUCUUAGAGACAGUGCAUUGGUUUGUGAUCUACAAAUAUGACCCAUCAGAAAUUAGAAUUAUAUAGUUACAGCUCGACAAAAACAAAUUAUGGUGGCAUACUUGUUUGAAGAAGGUAACACAAAUAAAGCCCAUAUCUUCUCCUUUCAUCUAAAAUAUCUUGGCUAUAAUCCAUAUUCACACUCAUUGAGUCCAAAAUUUUACUUCUGGAACAUGGGUUCUCUAUUCCCAUUCUAUUGAGAUGAAUUUCACCUGAUGUUUUGUUUUUAGCUUACCUAGUGAGUAAAAACUUGCCUAAUCUUGGAAAUCAGCUAUGCAAUUAUGUAAUGUAAGAACUUUUUUCAACACCCUGUUUACAUUCUAUGAAGAUGAAUAUAUGUAUCUAUGUUCUGUUUCUCUGUUCUAGCAUAUCAAGGACAAUAAAACACAAAAUAUUUU